UUUUAAUCUUUAUUUAAGCCGAGGAUCAGCCCCCAAAAUUAUUCCAGAUUUCCUUUCAACCUUCCAUUUUUUCAACUUUCACCGAUCCAAUCUACAACUUCUGAAAUUUUUGCUGAUCCUCGGCUCUCUACUCAACUUUCGCUCUGGUUUUAAAAUUAGUGUUUUGUUGGCCUUACUGUUAUUUUGUGGAAAUUUAUUUGUUGAAGAUAAAACCUUGUUAAUCAACUUGUGUCAAUUUUUGUGUGUGAAAUAACCGCCUGGUUCAUCCUUCUCCAUUGCUUUUCUUUGAUCGGUUGGAACAACCAACCGAUCUGGUGCCACGACCUUUCUCCUCCAACCCUCAAAAACCAAUUUGUUGGGAGUCCCGACUCCCGACAAACUGGUGCCACGACCCGGGAGCGUCCGUCGUGGUCUUCAACAACAACUUCAACUACUACUACUCUAGUGGUGUGUGAGCUGAGCGACGGCCACAACAACAACCACCACUACAACCACUCCAACUCUUUUUGGUUGAGCUGAGCGACAGCCACCAACACUAGAACUACUCGAGUGUAAGCUGCACUACAGCCACCACCGCACCAACUACAACAACUUCAACUACUUGUGUUUGAGCGGAGCCACCGCCACAACACUCUACAACAAUCACUCUAUUUUUUGUGUGUGAGCUGCACUACAGCCACCACCACAACACUACUACACCAACUUCCACUCUUUUGGUUGACUGAGCAACAGUCACCACAACAACAACUUCAACUGAUUUUUUGUGUGAGCUGAGUAACAGCCACGACAACUACAACUACUUUUUUUGAACUGAAGUGAGUUACAACCACAAUGUCUGCAGUUAUCCGUCUCCAGUUAGCAACUGUGUUGGCCACCUUAAAAGAAAAAGGGCGUGCUGUUCUGAGUGCCCUCAACGCUAACGACACUUCAACACAAGAAGAUGAUCACUUGGAACUUUUGGCAUUCCAGCUCAAACAAGCUAUUGGAAGAGCAGGAGCACUGGUUGAUAAAUGGUAUGGUGUGAUUGCCAGGCUACCUCCAACACAACAACAAACCGAAAUGGAUAUUUUACAAGCGUUUCCACCGCCACGAGGUGAAGAAAGAAUGGAGGAUGAACUUACUCUUUUGACUCAAAUUGAACGAUCUUAUGAACUGGUUGCCUUGGCCAACGUGGAGUUACAACAACGACAUGCACUAAAUCGGGGUCCUGCCUCGUCUCAACGAAGUGUGAAGUCUGCCACAGUGGUAAACCGUCGAACUGACAAUGCACUACACAAGGCACAACCAACACUAGCUAAUGCACAAGGAAGCCAAUCACCUGAACAACCUGCUCUGUCUACACAACGUGCAACUCAAAUUAAUGCUAAUAGACUUACGGUUGCGGGUGAUUGUGCAAAUGUUCAUCACACUCAUUUAGCUAGUCAAUCUGGACUUUCGCCGUAUCAACAACAAGGGACAUACAAUGGUGCACCAAUUUACUCAUCCUUCCGACCAUUCAGACUAGAGCCGAUGAAAUUUGCUGGCGAUCCAAAGGAGUGGACUGCAUUCUGGUUGGCCUUUGAUCGUGCUGUGAACAGACAACCACUCCCGCCGUUCGAAAAGCAUUUGUGUUUACUCCAAAGCCUGGUACCUGGUUCGGCUGCACGACGGGCAAUUGAUGGUUACUCACCGUCGGAUGUGAAUUACCCGAUGGUUGUCAGCAUACUACGACGUCAAUUUGGUGAUGUUAAAGUACUACGCGAAGGACUUAUUGCCGAACUUCUUCACCUGCCGUUGGCCAACAACUCACUGUUUUCACUGAGCAAUCUUCAAGAACAUGUUGAGAGAAUAUGCCUGCAACUGGAGUCACCUGAGGGAACGAAUGUAACACAGGACGAAAUAGUGUGUGGCAUAAUCCGAUCAAAGCUACCACAUGAAGCUCUGGAGACUCUGAUUGGCUGGGAAGAAGAUGAAAAUGCUCAAUGGACUCUGGCACAACUCCGCAAGGGACUUGGACGUCUGGUUCAACUCAAACAAAGACUGGAGACCACCAUCACCACUCUUCGUGCAAACACGCUAGAACAACAAACCACGUUUGAGGAACAACCUCAUCACAACCAGCUGACUAAUCAAAGUGACCACCACGAACUAACUGGCGUCUCUCUAUGA